AUGUCUUGUGAAAGAAUAGCACAGCUCUCUGGCCAUCUCUCGAGCGCCGAGAAGAAACCAAUGCCACCCUACGAAAUUCUUGAACAGCCGCUUGGCAAUACCAGACACAUCAGAAUUGUCAAUAUCGGAGCGGGCAUGAGUGGCAUCAACAUGAUUCGCACCCUUCGUUUGCACCUCACAGACUUUGAGCACGUAGUGUACGAGAAAAAUCCCAGCGUGGGCGGCACUUGGUUUGAGAACCGAUAUCCUGGCUGCAAGUGCGAUGUACCUUCGCACAACUAUCAAUUCUCCUGGCGUCCCAAUCCCGAGUGGAAAGGAUUCUUCUCGACCUCGACUGAGAUUGAGGCCUAUCUGUGCCAAAUAUGCGAGGAGGAGCAAAUGCAUGACUCGAUACGAACGCAACACCAGGUUGAGCGAGCAGUCUGGGACGACGUCAAUGGUCUUUGGCGGUUGAGGGUACAUGAUCUCCGCAACGAUACAGAAUUUGAUGACUACUGCCAUUUUCUCUUGGAUUCAAGCGGUAUAUUGAAUCAUUGGAAAUGGCCCAAUAUUCCCGGCCUACAUGAUUUCCAAGGCCGCUUGAUUCAUAGUGCGGACUGGCCUUCACAGUUUGAUUACACGGAUCUGACUGUGGCUCUGAUUGGCAAUGGUUCAUCCGGUGUUCAAAUACUGCCAGAAAUACAACGAGAUGUCAAACAUCCCAUCCAUUUUGUGAGAGAACCGACAUGGAUCGUUCCUUCUAGGCUACAGAUUCUGGCUCAGGGAGCUGGAGACGGUAUCUUGGGUGAAGUGGCCAUGGACGAGAAUUCCAAUUUCACUGAAGCCCAAAUCGAGAGGUUCAAAUCCGACCCGGCCUACUAUCACAGGUUUGUGAAAGCAGUUGAAGAAGUUGUCAAUGGGAAUUUCCCGCUGACCUUGCAAGACACCGAGCUCGCAAAUAGAUUGCACAGCCAAGCGACUGCGUACAUGUCCCAGGCCUUGGGCGGAGACGACCGGCUCUGCAAGGCCUUGAUACCCGAUUUUCCAUUAGGGUGCCGACGACUGACGCCGGGUGUGGACUAUCUCGAAUCUCUCACAAAACCAAAUGUGAGAGUCGUGACCGAUACGAUCUCAAAGGUGGUGCCUGAAGGCUUGCUGUUGAUGACAGGUGAGAUCAUUCAGGUCGGUGCUAUAGUAUGUGCAACAGGAUUCAAUGUUUCAUUUUGUCCUCGGUUCCCGAUCAUCGGCCGCCGAGGCAACCUUCAAGACGUUUGGACUCGGGAUGUACCAAAAGCAUACAUGUCAUUGGCCGUGCCGAAUUUCCCAAAUUACUUCACAUUCCUUGGUCCCAAUGCACCAAUCGGGCACGGCAGUGUCUUUACCAUUACGGAGCACAUAGCAAAAUACGUAGUCCGCAUCAUCAAGAAGUGCCAGAUUGAGGGAGUCAAGUCUCUGUCGCCUCAUCAGUCCGCCGUGGAUGAAUACUUUGAGCAUAUUCAAAGUUUUAUGCCGCGAACGGCUUGGUCCUCCAAUUGUGUGUCCUGGUUCAAGAAUGGGACUCAAGAUGGCCCCGUCAUUGCUCUGCAUCCGGGGAGUCGUAUUCACUUCUUCCACAUGCUUGAUGCUUUUAGGGGCGAGGACUGGGAGUUUGACUAUUACAAUAAGAGAAAUCGCUUCCAGUAUCUUGGAAACGGCUUUUCGACAAGGGAAAUGGGAGGCGGUAAUUCCACAUGGUACUUGGAUCAGCCGGAUGUCUUGUAG